AUACAUUUAUAAGAUUGUUUAGUCAUCCAAAGCUGAUUUUUCAGGAGCUUGGGGUUGAUUCAGUAGUAAUAUAAAAUAUUAUACAAUCAAUGGUUCUGCACUGACAAAACUUGAGGAACGUAGUGGUGAAUCAAGCUCAGUAAUUUUAGUCAGUGUUUAUCUUUGCAGUUGAUGCCCUAAACGUGCUAUGUUGAAAGCCUUUUUCAAGUUACCGAUCCUUCUCAAAUUUCUAUUUAGUGGGAGUUGAGGGAGAUCAGCACUUCACAGGAUCAGGCCCUUACUGUUGCUCAAACAAAAGUGGGUGAAGGUUGAGAAUGAAUGAAAAUAAAUACAUGUAAUCGUGUGGAAGCGUGGACAAGGGAUGUUGAUUUCCUGCUCAGACAAGAAGGCAGACCCAUGGUGAAUCUUACUGGCAACAAGACAUUUGUGAGAGUGAUGGAAAAAGACUGGCAGAAUACUGAUAAAGCAGCAAGUUGGAUAAGGAAAGAAGCCACUAACAUUAGUCAACCAUUUGUUCUUUACUUGGGGUUAAAUUUACCACAUCCAUACCCAUCACCCUCUACAGGGGAAAAUUUUGGUUCCUCUACAUUUCUAACAUCUCCCUAUUGGCUUGAAAAGGUGACAUAUGAAGCCAUUAAAAUUCCGAAAUGGCCUCCUCUUUCAGACAUGCACCCAGUAGAUUAUUAUUCUGCGUAUACGAAGAACUGUACUGGGCAGUUUACAAGGAAAGAAAUCAGAGAUAUCAGAGCAUUUUAUUAUGCUAUGUGUGCAGAGACAGAUGCCAUGCUUGGUGAGAUCAUUUCAGCGUUGAGUGACACAGGACUUCUUAAAAGAACCAUUGUUAUAUUCACAGCUGAUCAUGGAGAACUUGCUAUGGAACAUCAGCAGUUUUAUAAAAUGAGCAUGUAUGAAGCAAGUUCCCAUGUUCCUCUUCUAGUUAUGGGGCCAAGCAUUAAAGUUAAUCAUCACUUAUCAAAUGUGGUAUCUCUUGUGGAUAUUUAUCCAACUAUGCUUGAUAUAGCUAGAAUUCCUGUCCCGCAGAAUCUCAGUGGAUAUUCCUUGAUACCAUUGUUGGCUGAAAUGGAAGAAGAUGAAGUCUCAUCGGGAAGGCUGCACCCUACAUGGAUCCUGAGCGAAUUCCAUGGUUGUAAUGUGAAUUCUUCUACCUAUAUGCUUCGAACUGACAAAUGGAAAUAUAUAGCAUAUUCAGAUGGUCAUUCAGUACCUCCCCAGCUCUUUGACCUGUCUGCUGAUCCAGAUGAACUAACAAACAUAGCAACAGCAUUUCCAGAAGUCACACAUUUCUUGGACAAAAAACUUCGCUCCAUAAUAAACUAUCCAAGAGUCUCUGCCUUUGUGCACAAGUACAACAAGGAGCAAUUUAUCAUCUGGAAACAAAAUUUGGGACAGAAUUAUUCCAGUGUUAUAGCUAAUCUCAGAUGGCAUCAGGACUGGUUAAAAGAACCAAGGAAAUAUGAAAAUGCAAUUAACAGGUGGCUCCAAAUGAACACUAAUGAAUGAAAUAAUUGCAGUAAGGGAUUAUUGACAGCCCUGAUAGUAACAAUUUCUAUUAAAUAAAUGAGUACAAGGAAGGCCCUCAGGAAAUGAAAAUAUACAGUUGUAACUACAACACUAUGUAGUUCAUCAUAACAUCAAAAUUUGCUAAGUUAGCAAUCCAUGAAAAUAAAGCUCACACAAGCUUUUAUAUCCUAGUUAGCAAAUUAAAUUUGUUUCUUAUGUAAUGACCAUGAGGCCAAACCUACUUUCUGUCAUGUAAAAUUUCAUAUUUGUGGGAGUUAAUCAACUUUUUAAAAUAUUAUGGGAAGGAAAGUACAUAUAUAAUAUUGUUUUGCAUAAAAUAUUGUGUAUUAAGAAAAUACAGAAUGCAUUAGCAAUGAAUAUUUAAGCAAUAAAAUUCAAAUGAGAUUUUGCGUGUGUA